UGUGCAUAUGAUUUAUAGAAUGACAGUCGCUAUUAUUAACCACACAUAAUUAAUCCAAGUGCAAUUUAACUUAUCUUUAAUAGUGAAUAUUAUUCUUUAUCACCGAUUGUCAAAUAUUUUAUAUCCGCCAUUCACGCUUAAGUAAAGAGAGACAUUUAAUAACGAGACAAACUUCCUGUUUCACGUCAUUCCAAAUCUUCCUGAAUCAAGAACAUGGUGUGGAAAUCUCUGCUUAUUGUCGUGUUUUGCGCGUGCACCUGUUACGGUCGUCUGACCGAAGACUUCUUCGAUAGAGAAUGGGAGGACUUCAAACGUGUCCAUAACAAAGACUACCACCAGCAGGAUGAAAACAAAAGGAAAUCAAUUUGGCGGCAGAAUAUUGAUGUCAUCAAUAAGCACAACAUUGAAGCCGACUUGGGACACCACACAUACAGACUUGGGAUGAAUGAAUACGGAGAUAUGACAGCCGAUGAAGUCACAGCAAUCCUGAACGGUGCUCGGGGGUUUGGCCUGGUGAACGGGAGUACGUUUCUACCACCUAACAACAUGAAACUUCCAGAGGCAGUGGAUUGGAGAGAGAAAGGUUACGUUACUCCAGUGAAAAAUCAGGGUCAGUGUGGAUCCUGCUGGGCUUUUUCUACCACCGGUGGUUUGGAAGGUCAACAUUUUAGAAAAACGGGGAAAUUGAUCUCUCUGUCGGAACAGAAUCUUCUUGACUGUAGCAAAGAAAACAUGGGAUGUAACGGAGGACUUCCAGAAAAAGCCUACAAGUAUAUUAAAGAAAACGGAGGCAUAGACACUGAGGAGUCCUACCCGUAUCUUGGAAAGGAUAAAAAUACCUGUCAGUAUCGACCUUCAGAGGUCGGGGCCACUUGUCAGGGCUUCGUUAAAGUCCCUGCCGGUGAUGAACAGAGCCUCCAGAAAGCAGUGGCUAGCGUGGGUCCAGUCACAGUAUGUAUUGAUGCCAGUAAGCAGUCGUUCCACCUGUACAAAGAGGGCGUGUACUAUGAAAGCACGUGUAGCAGCAUCAUAUUUGACCACGCCGUUUUGGCUGUUGGAUAUGGUGUAUACCAAGGAAAAGACUAUUGGCUUGUGAAAAACAGCUGGGGAUCGUCCUGGGGUAUGAAUGGCUAUAUAAUGAUGUCCCGUAAUCAGGACAACCAGUGUGGGAUUGCGACUCAUGCCGUGUACCCGACCGUGUGAAGGUCAUUGGCGUCAGAAGCCAAAGAUUGACACUCUAGACUAUGCUCCAAAGAAUUUGAAUUCAUCACUAAAACUCUUUACGUAAAUAUGUCUGAUCUCACUAUGUAACACUGGAUAUUCUGAUUAAAAUGUGUACAAACAAAUCACGUAGAGAUCUUCCGUAAUCAAUAAUGGGGAAGCUGGCUAGGUUCCAAAGAAUUUGAAUUCUAUCUGAAAUGGGGGUAUUAUGUACAGGACAGUUCAUGUUAUUUAAAAAUAUUGGCAUAUGAGUUUGUGACACAAUAAAGCAAUGUACAUAUGAGAAUACCAAUGUAGACCAUGUCCUUGUUAAAUUCUUUGCUUUUAUAAUUAAAAUGUAAUAAAAUUUGGUUUCAACACAUGAUAA